UCUCUGUUCUAUACGAAGCAAUGAAGAAGCUCUACAGGAAAGGAACCGUACACGCGUCACCACCGCAGAUAAAAUCAGACGACAAGCUUCUCCAUUUCCUUCCUGUUGCCAUCUUAUCACUAGCAGCGGUUCUUUCUCCGGAAGACCGUGAAGUCCUGGCUUACCUUAUAUCAACCGCCUCUUACUCCAGCGACCGAAACUCUACCUCUCGCCUGAACAAGACCAAACCACACAAACAAUCCCACUUCGACAACCACUCGCCUCUCUUCCACUGCGACUGUUUCAGCUGUUACACUAGUUACUGGGUCAGAUGGGACUCGUCACCAAGUCGCCAGCUGAUUCAUGAAAUCAUCGACGCUUUCGAAGACAGCUUGGAGAAGAAGAAACAAAGGAAGAAUAAAAAGAAGAUAAAUGGGAAGAAAGAUCGUAGAAAGCUUUUAGUGAAGUCUCCAGCUCUCGUUAGUUCUAGCUUUGGUACGAAUGAUAUUCCGAGUCAACUCAGUGAGUCCUCUGGGAGUUCGUGUCCUUGUAUGUGUACGAGUUCGAGCGAGUUGAUUGACGGUACUGGUAGUUGCAACGGUGGGUUGGUGUCAAAGGAGGAGUUCAAGGCCGGAGACGUUGGUGAAGAAGAUGCGGAGGAGGAGAAAGGGACCAUGAGUAGUAGAUUUGUGAGUUUCAUUGGUGAGAAAGUUUUUGGUGUUUGGAGAUAAUUAAGAAAACUUUGUCCCAAGCCAAAAUAUCACAAGUACCUCCUUGCUCCGGAUCAUGGUAAGCAAAACUAUAUCUGAAAUGGCUGUGAAAAAUUACAAGAAAUAAAAGUCUAGAAAUGUUUUGUUUAUUCACUUGGUUCUAUCGAGGGCAACAUGUUUGAUUGUUGGAAAGUUUUCAUGUGUAAGCAGCAUUAACUGUAGUAUAAUGCGACAAAUAUAUCAUUGUAUUAUAACAUCUUGAUUAUAUCAAAAAGUUAGUAUAAUUGCACGUAU